GUGGCUCGCUGAGGCGGCUGCCCGGCUCCUGCCCGCGCCUCCCAGCGUACCGGGGUGCUGGCCUUAGGGCGGCUGUGCCUCAUCGCUUACAGAGAAGCAGCUGCUCACAGAGGAGCUGCACAGCUUCAGGGAGGCUGGGUUUAUAUCUGCUUCCAUCCCAGGGUGUGAUCGUAGGAUGGGUUGGCUUAGAAGGCAUCUCAAAGGUCAUCCAGUCCCACCCCCAUGCCCCGGGCAGGGCCACGUCCCACCAGCCCAGGUCGCUCUGAGCCCCGUCCAGCCUGGCCUUAAGUGCUUCCAGGGCUGGGGCACCCACAGCUGCUCUGGGCCGCCUGUGCCAGCGCCUCGCUGCCCUCACAGGAAAGAAUUUCUUCCCAAUAUCUAAUCUCAAUCUCCCCUCUUUCAGCUUAAAGCCGUUCCCCCUUGUCCUAUCGCUACAGGCCCUGCUAAAAAGUCCCUCUCCAGCUUUCUUGUGAGCCCCUUUAAGUACUCUUCAGUGCUGCUCUAAGGUCUCCCUGGAGCCUUUUCUUCAGGCUGAACAACCCCAGCUCCCUCAGCCUGUCCUCAGAGGAGAGGUGCUGCAGCCUCUGAUCAUCUUUGUGGCCUCCUCUGGACUCGCUCCAACAGCUCCAUGUCCUGGAGGCCCCAGAGCUGAAUGCAGCGCUGUGGGGGGGGGGGGGGGGCUCCCCAGAAUGGAGUAGAAGGGGAGAAUUCCCCCCUCCUCACCCUGCUGGCCACGCUGCUGGGGGUACAGCCCAGGAGACUGUUGGCUUUCUGGGCUGCCAGCGCACAUUGCUGGCUCAUAUCCAGCUUUUUAUCACCCCCCAGGUCCUUCUCUACAGGGCUGCUCUCAAUCCCUUCCCCGCCCAGCCUGUAUUUGUGGUUGGGAUUGCCCUGCCCCACGUGCAGGACCUUGCACUUGACCUUGUUGAACUGCACGAGGCCACCCCUCGAGCCUGUCCAGUCCCCUCUGGAUGGCAUCCCUUCCCUCCAGUGCCUCGACACCCCCCCCCCCACCCCCCCCCCAGCUUGGUGUCGUUGGUAUUUAAGGAGUGUAACAGUGAAGACUGGGAGAACGGAGCUGCCUGCUCAGACCAGGUUCGGCAUAGCGUGGCACGGAUAAAAGGCUUCACAUCUGCGGCUUGUAGUGGAUUUCUUUGAUCUCGUGCUUUCCCACUUGAGAGGAUCUCCACAGGCAACCGCAUAGAGCGGCUGGGGCUUGGAAAGGCGGCGUUGCCGCUGGCUUCUGGAUGGUUCCCAGGCUGUCCUGCUAUGGCAUUAGUAUGCCGAGCAGGAGACGUCCUCGGCCAGGGGUACACAAAGACCCUGUCUUUUAUUUGCCAAAGAAUCAUAUUUAGGUACAGCUGCAGCACAACCGGUUUGGGGGACGGCUUGAGGGGGCUGCACGAAAAAGGAGAUAAAUUGCUGGGCUGUUCAUACUGAGUUGUGGCCCGUGUUUAGAAGACUGAAGCUGUAACCUGUAGGUUAUACUACAGACUGGCGAGAGAGCAGCAUCGGGUGCAGUCUGCUGGGUAAUCCUCUGCUUUAAUUUCUAGGCAGAAAUUCAAAAAAUGUGUUUCUGUUCACGGUGAGAAGUCACCGUCUGUAUAGGUCUAAUGAAGUGUCGUUUUGGUGUGAAAACUUCCAAGUGCACAGAAUGGUUCCAUGACCUGGAAGAGAAGCUGGUGUACUUGUAUUUCGUUUUAGAGGGUAGGUCGGUUCUUUUGAGAUUUAGCAAUUAUUUUUAUGUCUUCCCUAAGUUAGUUGAAAGAUCAUCAACGAGUUACUGAAACUGGAUGUGACUGGAUCGCUGCUCUGAGCAAGGCCCUAGAUUUAAUUUCUGGAAAAAUAAAUGCUCUGAGCAAAACUCUUGUCUUGGCAGAGCAAGAAUUGUGAUGGUGGUGGUCAACUGGGAGCAUCCCUGGUGAUGCUGGGAUGCUUUCCCUCUUCACACCCCCCCCACACCCCCACCCACCCCCCCUGCAGGAGGAAUGUAGGGCUUGGAAGGGCAUGGAUUGCUUGCGGGCCCUGGGAUUAAAGUGGCAUUGUCUUUCUAAUUUAGAUCCUGAAUGAAAGGAGUUAGUAGUAAGAAUUCAAAGAAAGUACAGUUAUUUCCUCAAGGAGGUUAUGGCUAAAAUUGUAAAACCGAAGCACUAUAGCACGUAAAACUAAAUAAAACUCAAGGCUACUUUUUUUGUUGUUAUUUAUUCUCAGUACUGCAGCAGCGAGGAUUUUUCUUAGGUGCACCUUCAACCCUUCACGUGGGGAGCUCUGUUACAUAUGGUCCAGUUUUUGGAAGGCAGAGGAAUUUGGGGUAUGGAGUAAACCCUCAGGCUUCACCAGGAAAUUGCAUUGGCUAGACUUCAUCUCAUUUAUUAUUUUUUUUUUAUAAAAUAUUAAGCUAGUGGGACUCCUAACAAGAAUAAAAUUACGUUUUCGUAGGUGCUGUGUGCAGAUAAUUCCUGUGUAGGAAGCUUUCUGCUGUCUAAUUAUGCCUGUAUUAGUGAACCAGUAAUACUGUAAUUAUAAUUAAAGCAAUACAACUUUUGUUUAGACAAGCCAUGGCGUUUGUUAUGCGCUGUCUGUCGAGUCAAUUGGCUGGAAUGAUGGAGUGCCGUUUUUCUUUGUCCUAGGUAAAAUAGGGUUUCCCCCACCCUCCCUCUUGCACCCGGGUGCCCGUAGGUCUUUUUAAUGUCACCGUCCAUCAGCAGUGGGGGCAGCCUGUAACGCUGUUUGCUGAUGUUAAGCAAAUAUUUUGGUAGCAGAUAGGCGAUGAAACGGUCUCUUAAUAGUACCCCCCCUGCCAUAAUUUCAUAAUCAUAAAUUUCUUCUCUAGGUAAUUUUGUUUUGUUGCUGUUAUUUCUAACCAAAUGGCUCUUGACUGUUCGAGCUCUCUGCAUGAAACCUGCAAUUUGGAGACAUUUGCACCGUGGCCUUUUUGCAUUAUGCUGGUAACGUAAAAUGGCCCCCAAACUGGUGUUGACUGCAUCUGCUGUUAAAUUUCAGCGAAUUGAAAGUGAAUCUGUUUUCACAGCUCUGGUUUCGGCACGCUUGUUCCCUUUCCUGCCUUUGCAAGUGGAGCUACUUGGUAUUGCUCUGCUCCCCGACGCUUCGGCUUGUGCCUGCGCACAGACUUCAAAUACCCGUUGGCCGGAGCCUGGGAUAUAAGCUGUGAUGCAGCUGCAGUCAAGCUUUUUCUAAAAAUUUAGCCAUCUGUUAUUCCAGAAGACCCGUAGAUUUUUUUUGAUAGGGGAAGAAAGUCCUUGUGCUCCGUGAAAUGAUCAGUUUCACACGGAGUUGGUUCUUUGAGAUGCUCUUCUCUCUUUGCUUGCGUACCCCUGGCCCUGCAAGGAGGUGUAGCUUAUUCCGGGCUUGGUUAAUGAUGCACCACGUUAGAGCAAAUUACAACCAGGAGGGAGGCGGGUGGAACUGCAGAGUGUCUCAUCCUGGGGAAGCCGCUGUUGGUGACUGAGGCGCAGCGGUAGGGCAUCAGGGGCAGGAGCCAGGCUCGGAAUGCCAGAGGAGGCUGAACCAGGCCCUCCCCUCCUCAUCCCUCCGUUCCUGCUGCUCCGAAUGCUGCCAAAACUGGAAGCGCGGCAGGUUUGUGAGUGUUACCGUACCAGAAGUGGUGAUGCAGUGCUGGAAGUGAGGAUGAACUUUGCUCGCCUGAGCUGAAAAGCAUGGUUAGGCACUGCCUAACUGAGAAAUCGCUGGGCUGUAAUUUUUUUAACCUUUUCUUUUCAGGGUCGUGGUCAUCAAAUGUGGAGACUCUGCACGGCUGUUUGCAUUUGCCUAGUUCUCCCAUUGUUGCUUCUCUUUUUGCAGCCUUCUCCUCCCCCUUCCCUGGCUGGCAUCACCCUCCAGCUUUAGGAAGGUCAAAAUAGAAACGCCCAGAAAAACAGGUCUAAUUUGUGCAGGGAACGCAAACGGAGCCUUGUCAUUUCCUUCUUUGUACAGAGCCUGGAACUGAAAAGUGACAUCCUGACAUCCAGGAGCAUCCCAAACCCGGAAUGACUGGGGAGAAGCUGCUUUGGCUGACAAUCCAUCUUCCUGCGCGUUCGUGGCAAGGUAGUGCGAGCUGUCGGAGCCGUGCUCUUCCCUUGUGGAUCUCAAAGCUGCUUCGCAGAGUCUGGAGCGUAGCGAGACCUGCCGUGUGUGCGGGCUGCUGUUAAAGAGUUUAACGAAUAAACUGUGGUGACAUCGGAAGGUGCUGCCAUCAAGCACGCAGCACGGCCCUGCUUCCUGAGGUUACAGCCCCACCGCUCUGCCCGCAGGAUGGUCUGUGCCAGGGUUGUCUCUGUGCUUGAGGAAAAUCGGCAGAGUCAGAUCCGGGACAUACCACCUCUCCUGCCCCGCUCUGAGGAGUCAUGGAGGACAAACGCAACAUCCCCAUCAUUGAGUGGGAGCACCUGGACAAAAGGAAAUUCUAUGUGUUUGGGAUUUGCAUGACUAUGAUGAUCCGGGUGAGCGUUUACCCUUUCACGCUCAUCCGGACGCGGCUGCAGGUUCAGAAGGGCAAGAGCCUGUACAACGGGACUUUUGAUGCUUUUGUGAAAAUCCUGCGGACAGAAGGGACAGCUGGGCUCUACCGUGGCUUUUUGGUCAACACUUUCACCCUGAUCUCUGGACAGUGCUAUGUGACGACAUACGAGCUCACUCGGAAGUAUGUGUCACGGUACAACAACAACAACGCCGUGAAGUCUCUGGUGGCCGGUGGCUCAGCCUCCCUGGUGGCCCAGAGCAUCACGGUGCCCAUCGAUGUGAUCUCCCAGCAUCUGAUGAUGCAGAGGAAGGGGGAAAGCAUGGGCAGGUUUAAGGUGCAGAACCAAGAUGGCAAGCGGAUGUUGGUCUUUGGCCAAACCAAGGACAUAAUUGUACAGAUUUUCAAGGCCGAUGGCUUUAGAGGCUUCUACAGGGGCUAUGUGGCCUCGCUGCUCACCUAUAUUCCCAACAGCGCGGUCUGGUGGCCCUUCUACCACUUCUAUGCCGAACAGCUUUCUGGCUUGACUCCUAAAGACUGUCCCCAUCUCCUCCUGCAAGCUAUAUCGGGGCCGCUUGCAGCUGCGACGGCUUCCACGCUCACCAACCCCAUGGACGUCAUCAGGGCUCGGGUUCAGGUGGAAGGCAAGAGCUCCAUCAUCCUCACCUUCAAACAGCUCAUGGCGGAGGAAGGCCCCUGGGGCCUGACGAAAGGCCUCUCUGCUCGCAUCAUCUCGGCCACUCCUUCCACCAUCGUCAUCGUGGUGGGCUAUGAAACUCUGAAGAAGCUGAGCCUCCGCCCAGAGCUGGUGGAUUCGAGACACUGGUAGAGGCAACUGGGGGAAGAGCGACGUUCCUUUUGAAUCCUCUGAAUUUGAACCAUCACGGUUGAAGGCUCAGGAGGAGAGGCAGCUGCUGUCUCCCUUGUCUCUGGGUGGUUUCACAGUACAAGGCAGAAGCAGGAGCAACCGCAGUUCACCUCUUUAGAUUUGAUUGUGAUGCAGCCAGCGCUCUGCUGCUCUUUCUGCUUAAAACCGUCAAAAUGUGACCUUCGGCGAGGCUGUUUGCCCGUGGCAGCACAUUGAAGAGCAGCCAGGUGUGUGAACGCAUCCUGGCAAGUUCUGAAUUCCCUUUUUUUAAAUUAAAGACUUACUGGCUGAAGCAAAAAGCCAGUUUAUUCUCUAAAUUAUUUGAAUUCUUUGCCAAACCUUCUGAGGAGGGGAGUCUAACAGACUGCAGCAGAGCCCUCUCGUGGGUUGGGUGCCGACUGCAGUUGUACUGUGGCAAGCUGGAAGAAUAGAAUAGACCGGUAGAUUUCUUCACUUGCCCGCGUUUAUUUCUAGAAGAUGUGAGACAAGAGUAACCUGGAACCACUUAAGACCUUAUUUACCGCGUUUCGAAUAGAUCCCUACAUACCUUUUUGUGUAUGUUCUUGGAAAACGUUUCCUAUCUCAUCCUUUCAAACAGCAAGCGGGCUGAUAGGCAAGUUAGGAGUUGAGCUGGCUAUUUGUCGUUAGCUGAUGACAAUUGUGACACCUAACCGAUGUUUUUAAUCUGUUAUUUAAUUAUUUUUUAAUUUUUUAAUUUUUUUUUUAAUUUUAGGGAAGCUUAUUCUGAUUUCUGGGAGACUUGAGUGGUUGUUCUGUGGCCUUGUUCGAUGUGAGUGUCCAUACUGCAUGUUCGGUGUGGCUGCUGCCACUUCCCACCUUUUAGUUAGUUUAAGCACAAAGGAAACAUCAAGUUUGGAAGUGUCGGAUUGCUGUGCUGCCGGCAGCCGAAACGAGAACUCAAUGUGACUUGAGCUAGCCCUGGAUGUGAGGUGGGGAAGGAAAAAAGAAAGAAACAAACAAACAAAAAAAAAAACCCCAACUUGUACUGGCUUUUGAUCCAGUUCAAACCUGAUUGGCAUGUUCAUAUUGAAUAAGGAGUAAUGGUUCGCUAAUACGUUGUAAGUUUCAAUCCUGCUUAUCCUGUUUGGGAAGGGCAAGGACGAUUCUUUGCACACUCUUGCUGGAUCAGAAUCUGAAGCGAUGGUCUGUGUCUUUUACCAGAUGCAAACUUGCAGGCGAGUGAUGAAGCAAGAGGCUGCUCUUUGGAAAGGAGGAAGGAAGGGCUUGUUUGACCCCACUCUGCCGGUCUCGGUGUGUGAGAGCCACCUCUCACAACGCCAGCCUGCGCGUGGUGCCCGUCCCCAGUUAGUUGUGUGUCUGAGGGGGUGCGAGAUGCACCCCCACAUACCAGCUCGUGUCUGUUCACCUCGCUGCCGUAACGAGGAACUCUUGGCUGUAGCGUUGGUGGUGCUCUUGGCUGUCUUCUCACCUGGGACUUGCUGAGUGUGGCUUUCGCCUUCCUCCCGAUGUCGGCAGCUCAGCCCGUGCUGAGACUGGAUGUGCCGCGGUUUCUUGCCAGAGGUGGAACCAGUACAGACAGACGCUGCUGGAGUUGGAGAGACUUCUAUAUUUAAGGGCAGAACUCGGUUAUAAGAUACUGUACUGCAUAAUGAGGUUGCAGAUGAGUCAUCCAAGGCCUUUUUAAUCCCAUCUUUGUUUUCUGCGGCGUUAAAUAAGGUGGUGUCCGCCUGAGCCGCUGACAGAGCUGUGUGUCCUGCAAGCUGCUCUUCUGUCACGGUUUUGUCAUUUAAAAGACGAUGCCAGCCGGCUCUUUCUGUACUAGCCAAACAGCGGCAUCACCAGAUUGCGGGAGGUGUCCUGAGUAGCCCCGCGCUCACAGGAAGGCGGUAGUAAGGCCGAUAUUAACAAAAUAAUCAUCAGCCUCUGCUGAUUGCCAGUGGGGGAAGUCCAGGUGUGUGUCGAGGACCUGGCAGGUGGCACAAAUGUAAGAAGACACUCUCAAGCUUAAUAUUCCUCUCUUAACCAGCGAAGUUCUUGACAACUAAUAAAACUUCAGAGACCUUCAAGUUUGA